CGGUGGCGGCUCGUGCACGGAGUGUGCUGCCGUCGAGUCGCGGGUGCUACGUUCGAUCUUGUUCACCAUUGUGAACGCAGGACUCCUGAGGUCGGCAAGCACGGUCGUUGUAACCCAGACAUGCCACGACAACGAUCGCUCGUGCUUGGCCAAGUCCUGCCUGAUUGUAUGCAGCUGGUCCAUCAUCUCUUGGGCGCCAGCGGGGUUGACCUCUUCGUCGAGGAGGACGUAGUGCCCUAGUUGGAUGCGUUCACCGUGCUGGUGCAUUCGUGCAAUGGCAGCUGGGCUCAUGAGAUGUUGCACGGCAUCUUGUAGAUUGAACGACGACGCAUACUUUUGCAGCCACUUGGACCGAUGCGCAGUCGGGUCGAGAUUGCAAGGCGAUGGGAUCGAUGGCGGUGCUGAGCUUGGCCCGAGAACGAGGCCCAAAAACGUCGACUUCGACAGCGUUGCAGCGUGAGUUGCUGCAAAGGCACGCCACUCAGGCGUAGGCACGACUUGGCGCCAACGGUGCAAGAUUUGUCGGCGGUGAAGCGCCAAAACGGUCCGGGCAAUGGCCUUGAGCCCAUUUGUGACCAAGUGGACUUGGCCAGGCACACUAUCGAUCAGCCUGGCCAUCCACAUGCACUGUUCCAAGUACGCAGCUUCGUCUUGGAGCUUGUCAUACAAGGUGGUGUGUUCGUCGUUGAUGGAUGGCCGAGCGAGGUCGCAGAGUACUUCGGGACAACAAUCUCGAGUGGCUCGCACUAGCGAGCUCAUGUCUGGAAACGCCACAGUCACGUCAUUGCCGAAUGACCAGAGCGGUUUGGAAAGCGCAGCAUGUGUGCGGGGAAUCGAGUCGCUGCGCAUGCGGCACAGGAAGGGUGCGACGGUGGUGCCAAACUUGGACGCGAGAAGAGAACUGGCGUACGUGUGGCUGCCGAGAUAGUGGGCGG